GGAAGCAACCCAAAAACAAUGCAUAUUUAAAGACAAACAAAAUGGAAUCUGAAGCUGAAAGAUCAGUGUUCCUCUCCAGGGAGGAAUUAAUCAAAAUUCUGAGCGACGUGCCAGUGGGAUUUAUAAAACCCUCUGAUCCCCCGCAGCCAGAAUUGCCAACUUUUAAAAAACUAGGAGUUUUGGUGGAAAUACAGGAUAUAGUGGAAGCCAAAGAGCCCCAAAAAAGCAUUAAAAGCAGGACUAAUGACCAGUCGUACAGCUGCGCCGAGUGCCGAAAGAUACUACCAACGGCCCAUUUACUGGACUUGCACAUCACCGAGCAGCACGACUUUUAUUUCGCCGCCAGCGUGGAGCGGGGGGAUAAGCCCAUGUUCUCCUGCUUCCUGGAGGAGUGCUCGGAAAAGUUUCAGAGUCCCCGCAAACGAAAGGACCACUGUAUAAUAGUCCACAAGUUUCCUGCCAACUACCGCUUCGAUCAGGGCAAGGAGAAGCACCAUCCCAAGAAGCAGCUCUCCAACUCCAUGGAUGUGGAUGAUGAUGCCGGAAGUAGGGAUACCAAAGACUUGCCCAGCAUCAAGGCCUUCACUUUUGGCCACCACCCACUUCGAACUUUCAACACGAGAAAGGAUAAGAAAUCCGGCGAGACGCUCGAAGAUAUUCAAUCCAUGAAGGAUGCCAUCAACGAGAUUCUAGAUUAG